AUGCCCAUUCAAAUCCAACACCCCUUCCCCUCUACCCUACCCCCCUGCUCGUUCCCGCACCUCGCCUGCUCAUCCCCGCUCCCUGACCUCUUCGUCCCCGCACCCUUGCCUGCUCCUCCCCGCUCACUCACCUCCUCGUCCCCGCACCCUCGCCUGCUCCUCCCCGCUCCCUCACCUCCUCGUCCCCGCACCCUCACCUGCUCAUCCCCACUCCCUCUGCCUGCUCGUCCCUGUUCCGACCCCAAAACUUACACAUAUAAUCGAAGAAGAGAGACUCACACGGGUACAAUGAACGGGUUUGUGGCGGAGCAUGGGGUGGGAGGUCAUGAAGGGGAAGGAGCAGCCUACCCAGGAGAACCGACAGGGGAAGGGAGAGGCUACGCACAAGGGGAAGGGGGAGGAUACGCGACAGGGGAAGGGGGAGGAUACACGACGGGGGAAGGGGGAGGAUACGCGACGGGGGAAGGGGGUGGAUACGCGACAGGGGAAGGGGGAGGAUACGCGACAGGGGAAGGGGGAGGAUACGCGACAGGGGAAGGGGGAGGAUACGCGACGGGUUCAUGGGGGGGAUACGCGCAAGGGGAAGGAGGCGAAUAUGCGACAGGGGAAGGGGGAGGAUACGCGACGGGUGCAGGGGGAGAAUACGCGAAAGUGCAAGGGGAAGGAUACGAGCAAGGGGAAGGGGGGGGAAACGAGACAGGGGUAGGGGGAGGAUACGCGACCGGCACACAAGGAGAAUACGAGACAAGGGAAGGGGAUGGGUACAAGGGCGAGGAAGGGGGCGAGGACGGGGGAGAGGAAGGGGGAGAAGACGAGGGAGAGGAAUGGGGGGAAGAAGAUGCGGAGAUAACUACUACAACGGGAGCUUAG